AGCUGCGCCAGCUGUGCACCGAUUGGGCAACGCCCCAGCGCUUCAAGCGCAAAGUGUGUGCACGCCAUGCGACUCUGUGAACAUGACUGACCAGAAGGCUCUUCUUCCCAAGACCCGGGGUUCAUUCCUUGGUUUGCUGCUGCUCUUCACCACCCUGGCCUGUCUGGUCACUGCCUCCUGGGCUGUGAAAUGGCUCGACAGGACGAGAAGCUUGGCGCUCUAUGGAACGCUCCUAGGCCUUCUUCCAGGCGCAUUACAUAGCCGUUACAGCCGAACAGCAGAGGCACCCAGACGCAGCCUACGCUAUUGCCUGGUUCUCCUCAUCACUCUGCUGGGCUUUGCUGUGGCUGUGCUUCCCUUCACUCCAGCUCUCCCUUGGCACAGCUUCCUCGAGGUGCCUCACCAGACAAUCAUACGAUGGGUGGAUGCGCUAUCCUGCGCGGGUAUCACUGUUGUCGCUGCUCUGUGCAUGAAACUUGAACAUCCACCUUCAAACUAUGUUCGCCACGCGGUUUGGGCAAUCUUUGGAAGCUGGCUUCUGAUCACCUUGCUCGCCUCCACUGUCUUCUUUCCCCGUGAGUACCACACGCUACUGCAACAUGCAGCGUGGCAUUUGGAAGGCAUCGACUUCAUGUGGAUUGCUUGGUUGAUGGCUGACCGGAUCACUGAAAUCACAGACCGACCUUCAUAUACAUUCUCCAACUCAGGAAAGAUCAUUCGUAUUGCGGCUGUUUGCUUCCACUUCAGGAUUACCACUGAGACUUUCCUGGGCACCAAAACUUUGUCGCUUGCAAUCCAGAUGGUCUUUGCUGCCACCUUCUUGAUGCUGUGGAUGUUUCUUUGUAUGAGAAUCAUACUAUGCUUGGCCCGAAGUCUCUGGCUUUUGUGGAAAGAGCUCCAUGUCGUGCAAGGCGCUCCAGAGGCGGAAGCUCGUUGGGCCAUGGAAGUGGUGCGCCUGGAGCUGCUGGCGUGA